GCUGAAGUGCUUAAGCUACUUCAGGCCGGUAUUAUCUAUCCCAUAUCAGAUAACCCAUGGGUGAGUCCUACGCAUGUCGUACCAAAGAAAUCAUAGAUCAUAGUGGUGCAAAAUGAUAAGGGAGAGGAAGUUUCUACACACCUCACUUCAAGUUGGAAAGUGUGUAUUGAUUAUAGAAAGUUGAAUGCUGUAACAAGGAAGGACCACUUCCCGUUACUGUUUAUUGAUUAAGUAUUUGAGAGGGUCUCAAGCCAUCCAUUCUACUAUUUCUUGGAUGGCUACUCCGGGUAUUUUCAAAUAGAAAUUGCUAUUGAAGACCAGGAGAAGACCACUUUCACUUGUCCAUUUGGAACUUAAGCAUACAGAAGAAUGGCUUUCGACUUAUGCAAUGCACCAACAACAUUCCAAAGAUGCAUGUUAAGCAUUUUCAGUGAUAUGGUGGAGCGUAUUAUGGAAGUCUUUAUGGACAAUAUCAACGUAUAUGGAAGUGCGUUUGACGAAUGCUUAGUUAACUUGGAAGCUAUGCUGAACAGAUGCAUUGAGAAAGACUUGGUGCUUAACUGGGAGAAAUGUUAUUUCAUGGUACCCCAAGGGAUUGUUCUUGGGCAUAUUAUCUCUAGCCAAGGCAUUGAAGUGGAUAAAGCAAAAGUUGAACUGAUUGUCAAGUUGCCAUCGCCAACAACUGUCAAAGGAGUAAGGCAAUUUCUUGGCCGCAUUGGGUUCUAUAAGAGGUUUAUCAAAGAUUUCUCUAAACUUGCAAGACCUCUUUGUGAAUUAUUGGUAAAGGAUGAUAAAUUUAUAUGGGAUGAUCGAUGUCAACAGAGUUUUGAAGAAUUGAAGUUAUUACUGACAACCGCUCUAAUAGUGAGAGCUCUUAACUGGCAAUUACCCUUGGAAGUGAUGUGCGAUGCUAGUGACUUUGCUAUAGGAGCUGCCCCGACUGUUCCGUCUUCUAAGGGCGGGGUACCCUUUAGUCCUCCUCAACGCCAAUAUUUGACAUGGCGACCACUGACUUCUCCGCCACCCGAGCCAUCAGUACACCGCAUUACACCAAAGAGAGCCAGGACCUCAGGCCCUAGAGAGACGUCGAGACAGUCACGGCCUCAACCUCAGGCCCCAGCGGGUUCUCAGCAUCCUUCCGACAUUGCUCCGGAAGCCAUCAUCAAGAGGCCUAUGGUUACCGUGCCGCCCAUUGAGGGCAAUUCAGAUUGUAGAGCCAAGCCAUUUCAUUUUGAGCUCUAUUUCGACAUUGAAGCUAUGCGACAGUAG